AUGGACCCUGGCCUUGACCUUGACCUUGACCUGCGAAGCCGACGCUCCACAUGUGCUUGCUUGUCGACUUGCCCUUUCGGCGCUUCAAGUCUGAACGGCUGGCCAAUACUUCCAGACUCUCCAAGCCUACCCUUAGCCACGACUCGCUGCGUGCAUAGGCCGUCGAGUGCGCGCUGCUGCUGUGCUGCUGCUGCGACCCGCACUACAGCGACUUCCGUCCCUGCCUACCCUACAUUCCGAUCCUCCAACACCGUAUCCGCCUAACCUCUGUACUGUACCCUCUCCUCCAGCGCCUCGCUCCAGGCCUCCAAGGGCAUUUGCCCUGUGUACGAAUUAUCAUUGUAUUUCUAGUUUUCUACUCAUCAUGGCCUACCAAGGCAUCGGGGGAGGCAGUGGCCUCAGGUCUCCGCGCGAAGACUCGUCCUUCUUUUCCUUGAAUCGCGCCGCUCAGAACGGCGACGGCCGCGCGACCCUGCAUCGCCGCUUCACCACCAACAACAUCCCGACCCUGAGCACGCCAUUGUCCCCAAUCGGCCAGCAACGUAGGCAGGCGGCAGAGCCGACCGAAUUUACAACUGCGACCUACCAUAAGCUCCAAGUGCUCGAGAGGAAAAGAAUCGAACACGAGUACCUCAAAGAAGCCAAACGGCGGUUUGACGCUGAAAUGGAACUGCUCAACCUCCAAGCCCAGCACGGCGAAGCUGAUACCAAUCGCUUCUCCAACGACGCCCAGUACGGCGGGCCGGCCCAUAGCCAGCCCACGACGCCGCCAGAAUACAGCGAAAGCAACGGCUUUCCAUCUGCGCUGUCGCGUCCAAACCGGUUUAGCAUGUCUAGCAUCACACCAGGUAUGAUCACUCGCAGUAGCCGCGCCAACUCCCAAGUCACCUCUCCCCCCUCAAACAUCCAAGGUAGCGGCCACGACAACAACUAUCCGUCUCAUUCCAUGCCAGGUUCUCGACGCAACUCUGAAGAGGACCACGACGAUUUUGAAAAUGACGAUUUCACCCCGCUGAGUCCAGCGGCCCGCAAAAACAAUCGCAUGUCUAUGCCUGUGACUAGAAUGGAUUACGGUAGUCGUCCAGACCUUCCAGACCUUUCCUCUGUCUUGGGUCACAUUGACACUGCUGGUUUUCUGUUUGGGCAAGACGACAGGACUAAUGCUUCCCAAGAUCGCCACGGUUUUCUUCAGAUGGGCAACACCAAAGACGACUUUCCUGUCUUGGUUCGCCGCGACGGCGCAGGUAAUGGUACGAAGCUUUCUGCGUCUUCUGCUGCGCUUGAUUUGGCCCUUUCCCAGCCCCCUAGCCCGGACACCCAGUUCCCAGCCUGGAAUGGUUACCGUCAUCGUCAGGCUCAACAGUCGCUUCCUGCUAACACAUUCCGCAAAGCUCCUCAAGUUGACGAAUAUGACUCUGCUCGAUCCAACGGCAACGGAAACGUUGACACCACGCCUAAGAAAAACUUGGCCAACAACCGUCGCUCUGUUGAGUUCAGUUUCGCUAGCCCCACCAAUGCUAUGCCGAAGCUAACUCAGUCCUACUCGACCAACGAUGUUCCGACCUUGAAGAACAGCACUGGCAUGAACGGGACAAAUGGUAUUGGCUUCACAUCUCAUGCCCAGCAGCACUUUCACAAUCACAAUGCUAGCCUUGGCCGUAUUCCGCAGAACGCCAUUUCGAACCGCAAUAGUCGUGACUUGUCCAUGGCCAACCGCGAAUCUGAAUACCAGCCUAGUAUCCACGCAAGUGCCGCCCCGUUCGGUCCUUCUGUCGCUUCAGCUGCUCCCAAUAGUGGCGCUUCAGCAAACGUCGGUCCCCCAGCAAUGUCGCAGUACUCGGGUGUUGCAGCCACAAACCCUGGCUAUUAUGGCUAUGGAGUAUCGAUGCUCAACGGCGCGAUGAACAACCUUAACCUUGGUCCCGCAUCAGGACCUGGGCCCCAGUAUGGCGGACCCUCUGCUUAUACUCCCAACGGCAUGUAUGGCAGUGGCCCGCAGUAUAAUCCUUAUGCUACCUAUGGACCAGGAGGCCGCGUUCAAGACAGCCAGGCUCGCGUCAUCCAGAGCCGUCGUCUGCAAAAUGAUGCGAACAAGUACAUGAACUACGAUUUGAAGACUAUGCCGCGCCAGGAAAUCUACAGCUUAUGCAAGGACCAGCACGGAUGCCGCUUUCUGCAGAAGAAGCUCGAGGAGCGCAACGCGGAGAACAUCCAGAUCAUCUUUGAUGAAACUGCUCCCCACGUCGUUGAACUCAUGACUGAUCCCUUUGGCAACUACCUCUGCCAGAAGCUACUGGAGUUUUGCAACGAUGAGCAGCGCAACACUCUUGUGCGCAAUGCUGCUCCUGCCAUGGUUCAGAUUGCGUUCAACCAGCAUGGCACCCGCGCAUUGCAGAAGAUGAUUGAGUUCAUCUCGACCGACGAUCAGACACAAAUGAUCAUUCGCGCUUUGUCUGGACAGGUUGUUGAUCUCAUCCAAGAUCUAAACGGUAACCACGUUAUUCAGAAAUGCCUCAACCACCUCAAGUCUCCAGAUGCCCAGUUCAUCUUCGAUGCUGUAGGUGAACACUGUAUCACUGUCGGCACCCACCGCCACGGCUGCUGCGUCCUGCAGCGCUGCAUUGACCAUGCCUCUGGCUUCCAGAAAGUCGAUCUCAUUCGCAAGAUUACGGCGCACAGCUUUCAUUUGGUUCAGGACCCCUUUGGCAACUAUGUUGUUCAGUAUAUCUUGGACCUCAACGACACCUCCUUCACGACGCCCAUGUGCCAGGGUUUCCAGGGCAAGAUUUGCGAGCUGUCCAAGCAAAAGUUUAGCUCCAACGUCAUUGAAAAAUGCAUUCGCUGUGCUGAGCCGCAUGUCAAAGGUAUGAUGAUUGAGGAGCUGCUUGACGUUGAGCAGCUUGAGCAGCUCAUGCGCGACUCGUACGGCAACUACGUUAUACAGACUGCGCUCGAAUUUGCGCCCGCAGAGCUGUGCGUCCACCUCAUUGAGGCUAUGCGCCCUAUCCUCCCGUCCAUUCGGCAGACUCCAUACGGCCGCCGCAUCAUGAGCAAGGUUGCUGAGCGCGAGAGCCGUCUUGCCGCGUACGCAGGCCGUACUUCUUCUGGACAUGCAUCUCCUGGUACUGCACAGGGCCCUUCAGAGCCAAGCUCUGCAUAUGGCCCUCAGUACCAAGCGCCCAUGUACACGUCCAACACCAACUACGGCCCGAGCAUUCUCUCUCCGCAGCCACAUCGCCAACCGCACCGCCUGAGCAACGCUUCGGUUCCACACCACAUGCACAACGCUGUCCACAACAACAGCAACCAGGGGUACCAGCAGCCGCAACAGCAGUACGGUGUGGCACAAGCCAACGGCGGUCACGGUCAGUGGUUCUAGGAUGAGGGGAAGAUAUUGGACGACCUUAUGACUUGACGAACCAUGGUACGGUCAAAAAGCAUUCAAAACGCCUCGACACAUGAUUCA